AUCUCGUCCAGUCUCGGUCAGUUCCCUAAGCAGCGCGAGAUAUAAAAGAGUAACCGCACGCGCUGCUGAGAGAAACAGGCGGCUUUACAGAUGGACUCGUGCGAGUUUUGGAUCCCGGCGGUAUGUCGUACGUGUAAAAUAAUCGUGCUCGGAGACGCCGGUGUGGGAAAAACGAGCCUCACUCAUCUCUACUGCACCGGAAAGUUCCCCGAGAAAACCGACUCCACCAUCGGUGUGGACUUCCGAGAGAGACUGGUGCACGUGGGGGGCGAUAAAAUCAAGGUGCAGCUGUGGGACACAGCAGGUCAGGAGCGUUUUCGGAAGUGCAUGGUACAGCACUACUACCGCAAUGUGCACGCGGUUGUAUUUGUGUAUGAUGUCACUAAUGCGGCUUCGUUCCGCAGUCUGCCCUUCUGGAUGGAGGAGUGUCAGCAACACAUGCUUGGACCAGACGUACCUCGUGUGCUCGUGGCUAACAAGGCUGACUUGGUGACUGUGGCCUCAACCAUCGAGCAAGCACGGCACUUAGCUGAGGUCCACUCUAUGCCCUUCUACGUCUUUUCAGCUAAAGGUGGCAGCAAAGAACAGGUGGACACAAUUUUCAGCAAACUGGUACUACAGGCAAGUAAACAGAGAAGGAAAAAACCAGAGCCAGCCAGGAGUAUUAAACUUCCUUCAAAAGCCAAUGCUGUGGAAGAGAAAAAGGAGAAAUGGACCUGCAAUUGCUGAUCGAGGGAUGAAAUGAGGACAUUCUAGAAGUCUUUGGCUGUCUUUAGACUUCUGCAUUUCAGGACUGUUAUUUUACACAUUGUUGUUGAUUUCUCAUCAAGACUCUGAAGUGCAGAACAUCUGCAUUCCACCAGAGGAAAAAUAAUUGGCACCAAGAACCGUGUAGUUGAACUGAUGUCUUAUGCAGUUUGCACAAUCAUAUCAGCUAAACAGGCAACAUAACUGUAAUUUAGCUGUAAGUUGUACUUUAAAAGUUGAUUUGGAUAAACAGAGCAUUGCUGUUAAUGAUCUAUGAAAUUCUGACAUUGCAAAUGUCAGUGAAGCCUCUUAUGUUUUCAACCUGCUAUUGCUCAAAAUGCUAUGGAUCAUGUCUUUUAACCAAAUUAAAUAACCUUUUAAUCUUGGUGCAUACCUUUUAAUUGACAUUGAAGUUUGACCAAAGAUGAAAUUUACUUUUGUGUCGAUCAUUUGUGAUAUAAACUUUGCUAUAGAGUUUUAAGGAUUUGCUUCAGGACUUUGUAUCUAUUGUAAUUCCACUGUACCCUACAAAAAAAAUCAUGUGUGACGCUUUUAUUAUAUUCGUUUAUGCCCCUGUCCUUAGUUGAAUGAGCGAGAUUGGUAAAAUAGGUUCAAGAGUGAGCAGGUUGGUGAAACUUGUUGAACGCUUUCUGAAGGACUUUCAGAUAUAUGUUUAAAAAAGGAACGCAUGCUCAUGUAUACUUGCAUCAGCAAUAGGAUGGGUCACUUGGUCAGUAUUUCCACUUUAGUGAAUUGACUUUUUCAGCACAAAUGUUGGCUAAAAACAUGUCUGAUUGAUUAAUUGUGUAAUAAUUGUGUUGAUUUUAUUUUUGGCUAAAUCAUUGUUGAGCUCUGCAUUAGACCAAGAAAUAAAUGCAAAAUAUCUACUGAAAAUGCUGGUGUAGUGGACACACAUUGUGUCACUGACCUUUAAAACCCAUUCAGUUGUUUUCCUUAAAUGUUAUUGUUACUAUCACAGUAUUAAUUAUGCACAGAAUUGUUGCUGAUUAUACGUCUAUCAGAUUUUUUUUCACCGAGAAUGUUUCUUAAUGUCUGACUAAUUUAUUCUGAUAUUUCUCACUCUGCCAUAACCUAAAGUUCUGGACCUUAACCUCAUGGUCACCAUUUCAUUUAAAAUCCAGUGCCUACUAUCACAUUACAGCUUAAAUAAACAGAAUUAAACAUUU